GAUGCAGCUGCUCCUGGCCCUGGCAGGAGUCCUAGCCACACUCCUCCUCACCCAGCCCUGUGAGGGCACUGUCCCAGUCACCCUUGGGGCAGUGGAGACCUCAGUCCUUCAGGACUGCAUAGCAGAGGCCAAGCUGCUGGUGGAUACUGCUUACAACCAGACCCAGAAGAGCAUCAAGCAGCGUCUUCGCAGUGGCUCAGCCAGCCCCAUGGACCUCCUGUCCUUCUUCAAGCAACCAGUUGCAGCCACCAGGACUGUUGUUCAGGCUGCUGACUAUAUGCAUGUGGCCUUAGGGCUCCUGGAAGAGAAGCUGCAACCCAGGGGAUCCAGGCCCUUCAAUGUCACUGAUGCACUCACGGACCCCCAGCUGCACCUGCUGUCCCAGGCCAGUGGCUGUGCUCUCCUAGGCCAGGCUGAGAAGUGUAGCAACAAGUACCGCACCAUCACGGGGAGAUGCAACAACAGGAAGAGACCCUGGCUCGGGGCCUCCAACCAGGCCCUGGCUCGCUGGCUGCCGGCUGAGUAUGAGGACGGGCGGUCGCUCCCCUUUGGUUGGACCCCUGGCAAAAGGCGCAAUGGCUUCCUCCUCCCUCUUGUCCGGGCUGUCUCCAACCAGAUUGUGCGCUUCCCCAGAAAGAGGCUGACCUCUGACCGUGGCCGGGCCCUCAUGUUCAUGCAGUGGGGCCAGUUCAUCGACCAUGACCUGGACUUUUCCCCAGAAUCCCCAGCCAGAGUGGCUUUCACUGCAAGCGUGGACUGUGAGAAGACCUGUGCCCAGCUGCCGCCCUGCUUCCCUAUCAAGAUUCCACCCAAUGACCCCCGCAUUAAGAACCAGCGUGACUGCAUCCCCUUCUUCCGCUCGGCACCAUCAUGCCCCCAAAACAGGAUCAACGUCCGCAACCAGAUCAACGCACUCACCUCCUUCGUGGAUGCCAGCAUGGUGUACGGCAGUGAGGUCUCUCUUGCCCUGCAGCUCCGCAACCGCACCAACUACCUGGGGCUGCUGGCUGUCAACCAGCGCUUCCAGGACAACGGCCGGGCCCUGCUGCCCUUUGCCAAUAUGCAUGAUGACCCCUGUCUCCUCACCAACCGUUCUGCACGCAUCCCCUGCUUCCUAGCAGGUGACUCCCGGUCAAGUGAAACCCCCAAGCUGGCAGCCCUGCAUACCCUCUUUAUGCGAGAGCACAACCGGCUGGCCACUGAGCUGAGACGCCUGAAUCCCCACUGGAGUGGAGACAAGCUGUACAAUGAAGCCAGGAAGAUCGUAGGGGCCAUGGUUCAGAUCAUCACCUACCGAGACUUUCUGCCCCUGGUUCUGGGCGAGGCCCGGGCCAGAAGAACCCUGGGACGCUAUCAGGGGUAUUGCUCCAACGUGGACCCGAGAGUGGCCAACGUCUUUACCCUGGCCUUCCGUUUCGGCCACACCAUGCUGCAGCCCUUCAUGUUCCGCUUGGACAGCCGGUACCGGGCCUCAGCACCCAACGCCCACGUCCCGCUUAGCUCCGCCUUCUUUGCCAGCUGGCGAAUCGUGUUUGAAGGUGGCAUUGACCCCAUCCUCCGAGGCCUCAUGGCUACCCCUGCCAAGCUGAACCGUCAGGAUUCCAUGGUAGUGGAUGAGCUCCGGGACCGUCUUUUUCAGCAGGUGAGAAGGAUCGGGCUGGACCUGGCAGCCCUCAACAUGCAGCGCAGCCGGGACCACGGCCUUCCAGGAUAUAAUGCGUGGCGGCGCUUCUGUGGGCUUUCCCAGCCCCGGAACUUGGCACAGCUUAGCCAAGUGCUGAAGAAUCACGGUUUGGCAAGGAAGUUCUUGAAACUAUACGGGACACCUGACAACAUUGACAUCUGGAUUGGGGCCAUUGCAGAACCUCUUUUACCAGGGGCCCGUGUAGGGCCUCUUCUGGCUUGUCUCUUUGAGAACCAGUUCAGAAGAGCUCGAGAUGGAGACAGGUUCUGGUGGGAGAAACGGGGUGUCUUCACCAAGAGACAGCGCAAGGCUCUGAAACGGAUUUCCUUGUCUCGAAUUGUGUGUGACAAUACUGGUAUCACCACCGUUUCGAGGGACAUCUUCAAGGCCAAUAUCUACCCGCGGGGCUUUGUCAGCUGCUACCGUAUCCCCAAGCUGAACCUGUCAGCCUGGCGAGGCAAAUGAGGCCUCUGCAGGAGUCUGUGCCAAGCCCCAACCCCAGGAAGGAAGGGAAAGGGAAGAUCGCGAGGCUGAGGCUGCCUUCACUGCUGGAGCAACUACUGCCUAUUCAUAGUUUUGCUAACUGCAACUCACUGCUGACGACAUUGGCUGAGAGGGAAGGCUGGGGCUCCUAGCAACAAUGGACCCACCCACCUUGGGAGCCUCUUAAAGACUAGGUAUGGAUUAGCACCAGAUCCAAGGACUGGUGAGCCACGCCAUGAGGCCUUGAGGUUCUAGCUGGAGCCAACUGAAGGACUUCCAGCACUUUCUUCCAUUUCCCUGCCAAUACCACCACCACUGCCACAACCAGAAGGCCACGAAGUCCCAGUCUUGCCACCCCACGAUCCUGAGCCUGCAGGCUGGGAGCAUGCUGUUUCUAUUAAUAAAGCACUGCUGAGGGCAGGG